AUGGGGUAUGACCAGGUGGUGCUAACGACGGAGUGGGAAGCGGACGGUCUUCUGGCGGCGUGCCUGCUCUUUUCCGUGGUGACGGCCGAGACUAAGCGGGCCCCUUUCGCGUCGGACGGGACCAAGAGGCCAUACCCGCUCCGCAACCUCAUCGUCGGAGAGGGGAAGGCCAACCAAGCGCGUGAGGCUCUCGAGGCCAUGCGCCGGACGAACCUCAUCCCGCCCGACUGCCGAGUCGAUGUGUUGGAGGCCGGAGAAGGUGCAGCCAAGGGGGAAAAGAGACAGGAGGAUAGAGGGAUAGAGGCGGAGGAGGAGGAGGAGGGAGGUGGUGACGGUGUAUGGCGGUCGUUCUUAGGGUCGUGUUCCGUGCUGCUGCUGCUGCGGUCGACUUUGAGGUGGCUGUUCGGGAGACGGCGAGGCUUGGCCAGGACCAAGCUGCGGGAGGUGUUCAAUGCGACGAGAAAAGACAACCAGCGGGUCCUCGUGAUUGCCCUCAAGCCGCCGCGAGACCUUGUAGAGGUUUUGCUAGAGAGCGGGAGGGCAUCGUGGUGGGGGAGAGCCAUGGGGAGGGGGGGUGGGAGGCGAGGGUGCAGCCGGUACAAGCACAUCGACAUGUUCGUUUCCGGGGGGUUCAGCGGUGCGUUCAGGGGCCAAAGAGAGGGGGGAGAGUGUAGCGCGCCCGGGCACUCUCCUCGGGAGCAGCGGCAUCGUAGGCCCUCCGCGGGAGGCGACGAGGAGCUGUCUAGAGACGACGUCGAGGAGGCCUUGGCCAGGGUUAACCGGGUGCUCGUCGUGCAGCUGGAGGAUCUGGUCCGGCCGUACGGCUUUCCGACGGCCAUCGCCCCCGACCGCACACCGACUCUGGCGGCAGCCGUGGCUGGGGCGCGGGGCGUUCUUCCCUCCUGCCUGAGGCGUGAGAUCGCCGCGUCGAACCACCUGGCGCUCACGGAGUUCCCGGACAAGGUGGCCUCGGCCAUUGAGGCGGGAAGGUACGCCAACGAGGAGCUACGAGUAACGGCGUCGUCCAUCGCAGCGGCGGCAGUGGCCGAGGAACCCGGCAUGGGCAGGGGGAGGGUGGCCGAGCUGGGAGCUUGCAUGGCCGACCUCAUCGCGUCCGACUUCGAGGCCUUAGAGAUGGCGGGUCUCAGCCCGGGGACCCAGCAAGCAGUAUUUCGGUCCUUAGACGUAGGUAUGGCUCUCUCGGACGUGGCCGCGGCGUGGGCGCUGGUGCGCCAGGACGCGGUGUGCUGGGAGAGCUGUCCCGGCGUUGGCUUGGGUCACUCUGGGGGCCGCCUCAUCUCCCUUGGUGAUGGGGCGAGACGGGAAGAAACGGAGGACAGCAGGAGCGGUCGACGUGGCAGGAGAAACAGCAGCAGCGGCAGCGUUGAAGGUCCCGCGGGACGCCCCCGGGGUGAUGAUGGCGAUAUUUCUGAAGACCGGGGCGACUCCCGGCGCAGAACGAGAGGGAAAAAAGGCGACUCUAGAGGCGGUAAAAGGGAGCAGCAGCAGCGGCGGCAGGAAGAGGAGAAGAUUUUAGUGCACAGAACUGGCGACGGUAUGUGCGGUAGUUGCGUUGGAGGGUUUUUGGCUACGGGCUUCGCGGACGGCUUUGAAAGGUUGGAAGACCAAGAAGCCGGGUAUGGAGCUUUCGCGGUGUUUAUCGUCCGAGUUCUGGAUCAGAUGCCCUGACAGUGUCACAGGUUAAACUGUAAUAUCGGCUAGUUGCCACAGCGUUAGGGAGACCGUUGCGUGACUUGUGAGGUACCAGGGCUGUCCGCAUCGCACGCAUUCCCGGCACGAUCGCGUUAAAGAGUAAUGAAGAGCUGUGUACAGUAGUGUAUCAACCAACGGUCUUCCAUCUCGGAGGUUAGGAAAUAACUAGGUAGCGCAAGGGGCCCUCAGGGAAUACAAACCUCGAUUGGACGAGGGUCCCACGUGAACAACACGGUGAAUCUGGCGGUCUCCUCGAAGAUCGGUCGGAGGUUCAAGUUUCGAGUUGUUUGUAAAUUAAUCUGGAAGUACGUACGUAGCUCGC